ACAUGCUUGCCUGGCCCUUGUGCCCUCUCUGACUCUGUAGUUUUUAUCCUCCUCCACCUAGUACAAACUCUUUCCCCACAAAAAAGUUAAAAGUCCAGCCAGACUCCCCGCCAUCAUGGAUUCCGACUCGCCCAAGCCCAAGUCCGCGGUCCCCUCACAUAUGAUGAACGGCGGAUCCCCCCUCAGACUUACCACCGAGGCGCGCGACAAGAAGGAGCGAGAACACCUCUUUCAUGCUAUAGAGACGUCCAACCGGGGUCGCCAGCCAGUAAACUUUGACGGGCCGACUAGCUACUUCCCCACGAAGUCUUCCGUCGCGAACAUGCACACUGACAACCGCCAUGUCAUGGCAAAUGGUCAAGUAGACGCCGAGGACCCUUUCGAGGGUACCGUUGCGCAGACACCACUCGCGACCAGCCGGGCCCACAGCCCGUACACGCAGCACCCCACCAUCGACUUCGACGGGCUUAGCUGGCCCAGCAAGGGUACGCGGGAGAGGAAGGAGGCAACCGAAGAGGAGAAGGUGGCGAACCUCAAGAAGCUGUCUGGCGCUGUCAGGACUAUGCUCGAGUGUCUGGGCGAAGACCCCGACCGUGAGGGGCUGCUCGACACACCAGAGCGCUACGCGAAAGCGUUGCUCUUCUUCACAAAGGGCUACGAAGAGAACCUGCGCGACAUCGUCAACGGUGCUGUCUUCCACGAGGACCAUGACGAGCUCGUCAUUGUGAGGGACAUCGAGAUCUUCUCCCUUUGCGAGCACCAUCUGGUUCCCUUUAUGGGCAAGAUGCAUAUCGGCUACAUCCCGAACCGCCGCGUGAUCGGUCUGUCCAAGCUCGCUCGUAUCGCCGAAAUGUUUGCUCGCCGUCUCCAAGUACAAGAGCGCCUCACCAAACAGGUCGCUCUCGCCCUCUCUGAGAUGCUUCAACCACAAGGUGUCGCAGUUGUAGUCGAAUCGAGCCAUCUCUGCAUGGUCAUGCGCGGCGUUCAGAAGACGGGCGCAACAACAACUACAAGCUGCAUGCUCGGAUGCAUGCGGUCACGAGACAAGACCCGUCAGGAAUUCUUGAACCUUAUCAACAGGCGGUAGGGAUGACAUUGGGCGAGAAAGUCCGGAAGAGUCGAAGUCACAGUUGACUUCAUUCCCCGCAUCAUGUGCUACCGUUGCACGACUUUGCACAUUGGCGUUACAUGGGACUGGCGUUUGCGUGAGGAGUUCAUCACUCUCACUUUAUAUUAGGUGGGCGGGCAUAUUGCGUUGCAUCGUUAGACGCAUAAGCCUUUCAACAGGCGUUUCCUAUCUUUUCACUUUCACGAUACAUGACCUUGCAUCAAGACACGUAGAUGAUCUAGGCGUCCAAUUUCUUGCUGUAAACAAUACUUGUAUAUCCACAGUGACGAGUCAAUUGUUCGAAAAGAAUAGUAAUCAUUGGUUCGAGCAUUCGUCGGCACAAAGCCAACCUUAACUCCGGGCCUCGCU